AUGCCGAGACAGCGUAGACAAGGAAUCGUAUACGAUAUUCGUGAGCGCGGAACUGCUCGACUCAUCUUCGACGAAAAACGCACUAAAUUCCAAGGCGUUCUUGAGACAAUUAGCGGUGAAACAAUGCUGGUUCGUGGAAAACUCUCACCAGAUCUGGCAAGUACUUCGGAGAAUGGUGUAAUUGUGAUGGAUGUGGAUAUCGUGGACGGCGAGGAAGGAUCUGUGUUUCAUGUGAAUCACGUCAACGUCUGUGUGGAUUCUCAAGAUGCUCGUAUCGAAUCUCCAGCCGUCAAAUUCGAUUCAGUUGAAAGAUACGUUGGUAUGAGAGCUUCGGUUGAAAUUCAGCAACACAUGAAUCCGUCAAUUGCUGAGAAUUCGAAUGAAUUGUUCGUUGGUGAUAUGCAAAUCCAUUUGCUGACUUCGCAUCGCCCUCAACCAUCAAUCCGUCGCGAAUCGAUUUGCACUGACAACAACGACAUCAAGAUUCUCGAAGUCUCCGACGACUUCCUUGCUUAA